UUUUUACUUAUAGGAAGUUUUUACUUUUCCAUCAUUUUUUAAAAUAUAAAAUGGCUGAGAGUAAAAGUGCUUUAAUUGCUAAGUCGGUGCAAAAGCAUGCAGGACGUGCCAAAGAAAAGAUACUUCAAAACCUUGGAAAAGUAGAUCGUACUGCUGACGAAAUCUUUGACGAGCAUCUUAAUAAUUUCAACAAACAACAAACAAGUGCCAAUAAGUUACAAAAAGAGUUUAAUAAUUAUAUUAGAUGUAUUCGAGCAACUCAGGCAGCUUCCAAAAAUGUUAUGGAUGUCAUCACCGAAAUUUACGAGUCUCAAUGGGUUGGAGCUGAUGCACUUGCUGUGCAAAUGUCAUCAAUAGAAGUUCUGUGGCAGGAUUUUUCGCACAAGCUUGGCGAUCAAGUAUUAAUACCUCUUAAUACUUAUACAGCUCAAUUUCCGGAAAUGAAGAAAAAGAUUGAGAAACGAGGUCGCAAGUUGGUUGAUUUUGAUUCUCAACGGCAUUCAUUUCAAAGUCUUCAGAGCAACUCUGCCAAGCGAAAGGAUGAUUUGAAAAUCACCAAAGCAAAAGAGCAGCUGGAUGAAGCAAGGAGAACCUAUGAAUUACUGAACACAGAAUUGCACGAUGAGCUUCCCGCGUUAUAUGAUUCAAGGAUAUUGUUUUUGGUUUCUAAUUUGCAAACACUGUUUGCAUCUGAACAAGUCUUCCAUAGUGAAACUUCUAAGAUAUUUGCCGAACUUGAAGCUAUCGUUGACAAAUUGGCAACUGAUUCACAGAAAGGAUCCUAUACAUUUAAAAAAACCGUUCCGUCCAGUCCAAGUUCAUCUCCAACAAAAUCUGCCAAUAUACACGACGUGUCUUUGAAAAAUGGUUUCUCUUCGCCAUCGAAAGAAAAUUCUAAUCAUUCAAAUGAAACAGAACCAUCAUCACCGACAUAUCAAAAUACUGGUUUAGCUUCUAACGUUAUUAACAAAAAUGUUGAAAGUGAGUCGGAUAUAAACAAAAAUGUUGAGACAAAAACUGUCGAAGAAAAAACAGACCUUAAGUCGCAAGACCUUCCGGAGGGAGUUCUGUAUAAAGUCAAGGCCACAUACAAAUACAACAAAGAAGACACUGACGAGUUAAGCUUUGACGUUGGAGAUGAAAUUUUUGUAAUUGAAUAUGACGAUCCAGAAGAACAGCAGGAAGAAGGAUGGCUUAUGGGCAUCAAAGAAUCAACGAAGGAAAAGGGCAUGUUUCCAGCUAAUUUCACUAAACCAAUAUAAAGAACACUGCGAAAAUAUGAAUAUCAUAAUGAUAAAACAUAUUGCAAGGAUUAAAGUAGACAAACCCCUCAUCACUAAUUUAUGUAACCAUUUAAACUUUAUCAAGAUUGUUUCGCGAUGUCAUUUAUCAUAAUAUAAUUUGUCACAUUGCUCCUUUUAGAAUAUUUUGUUGUUCGUUGUGCUGUUUUGAAGAAUA